CACAAGAUUAACAAAAGCUCAAUAUACUACGUCGCGACUCGACUUCACAACUUUCACGGUUCUUUGUGUUCAUCAUGGCUGGUUCAACGUAUACAUCUGUGUCGGCGGAGACAAUCACGCACAUCAAAUCCCUCUACCACAUCUACCGGCACACUGCAGACCUCGAUCGCAAAGGCCUUUUCUUCUCGCAGAGCUGUAUGCAGAUAUGUCGACCUACACCUUCCUACGCGGCGACUACGCGGGGUGAGAUCGUGCAGUAUCUCAAGGAUGCACAACGGGGUGUUGUACCUGUGCAUAACUUCAGUACUGCCUCCGUCGACACUUCAGAUCCACUGGUCGAGGAUGUCGGUAGUGAGGUGUCUAACGCGACGGAAAAGGGAAGGAGUGUGUAUACGAUUCGUCCUCUUCGUGCAUCCGAGCAUGAGUUUAGCACCAAUGCCGUUACUGCACCUACAGGGCUUACCCCCGACGAACUUGAGAGCAAGGCUAUGAAAGAAGGCUGGGUGGGAAUGCGUGUUGAUUUGUGGGAUGAGGGAGGUGCAGGGGAAGGUAUUCUGGUCAAGGUGCAGUACUGGUGGCGCAAAGAACACGUGGAGAAUGGUGAAGAGGCUGAAGGCGAUGUUGAUGGAUACUGCUGGAGGCAUUGUCUGCAUGAUAUUAUGUACUUGGGUCCAAAAGAUGGGACGGAGGGCGUGGAGAACCUCGAGGUGUUGGAAUAAGAGGUCACUAUCGCUAUUUCAUCUAUGUCCACCCGGUAGCUCGUCUUGGAUGAACCUUGCGCUCGGACGGUAAAGUCUCGAGAACAGGUUAGACGAAGUAUUCCGAAGAUACGGCUCAUCUUGUUGUGGGAGUUGGCUAGCAGACGGUGCCGAAGGAAGCGGAGACGCACAGGGUUUCUGGGGAUGGACUUGCCUAAUUGGUUGCUAGCUCGAGCCUACGAACGUCAUCGUCACUAGUAAUACCAGCAGCAAUAAACAAAAC